CUCAGACUUCCGACCUACGAUAACAUACUGGUUAUUUCAAACAGUAACAGGUAUCACGGCCAUCUUGCUCGUUGUCACGGUAUGUAUCAUAUUUAUCUUCGCCCACCCUCUUAUCAGGCUAAAGGCGUACAAAUACUUCUGGCUUACCCACAAUUUGUACGUUGCUCUGUACAUUCUCUGUCUGAUACAUGGCCUGGCGAGGCUAACUGGGCCUCCACGGUUUUGGUAUUUUUUCAUUGUUCCGGCUAUUAUCUAUGUUCUGGACAAAGUUACCAGCUUGCAGACAAAGUUUGUGGAGCUGGACAUCCUGGAAACUGAACUUCUUCCAUCCGACGUCACGAAAAUUAAGUUUACGAGACCGCCAAAUUUCAAGUACUUGUCUGGUCAGUGGGUUAGGUUGACCUGUACGGGUCUCCGACGAAAGGAAUAUCAUUCUUUCACACUGACGUCAGCACCACAUGAAAACUUUCUGUCGGUCCAUGUGAAAGCACAAGGUCCAUGGACGUGGAAACUUCGAAAUUAUUUUGAUCCCAGCAACGUUCGGAAAGAAGAAAUGCCAAAGAUACGGCUUGAGGGUCCGUUUGGUGGUGGCAAUCAAGAUUGGUAUGAAUUUGAGGUGGCUGUUAUGAUCGGGGGUGGGAUUGGAGUGACACCUUACGCCUCAAUUCUAAAUGACCUAGUAUUUGGAACAUCCACCAAUAGGUAUUCUGGUGUGGCCUGCAAAAAAGUUUACUUUCUGUGGAUCUGCCCCUCCCACCGACACUUUGAAUGGUUCAUUGAUGUUCUGAGGGAUGUGGAGAAGAAGGAUGUCACUAAUGUGUUGGAGAUCCACAUCUUUAUUACUCAAUUCUUUCAUAAAUUUGACCUUAGGACGAUUAUGUUGUAUAUCUGCGAGAACCAUUUCCAGAGGAUUUCUAAUUCGAGCAUGUUCACGGGGCUGAAAGCUAUCAAUCACUUCGGUAGACCAGACAUGAUUAAUUUACUAAAGUAUAUAAGGAAAAAAUAUGGCCACGUGAAUAAAAUUGGAGUGUUUAGCUGCGGUCCUACUGCCCUGACCAAAUCCAUAACCACGGCCAUUGAGACCGUCAAUAACGCUCGAAUCCUUCCCCGUUUUAUCCAUCGGUUCGAGAACUUCUAAGUACGCUUUCGUGCCAUUUAUAAUGCCAGGUCAGAAGAAUCGGAACUCCGAAAGAACGGACACGCGAGAUGGGUUAUAAUUGGGUGAUUCGUACUGUGAAUAACAGAAAGAUACACGGGAAUGAAAGUACCAUACUUUUAGAAGUUUAAUAUCUGUCUGUUGUAUCAGAUUUAAUGUAAAAACAAAUUUCUAUAGUUAUUUUUUUA